AAAACCCAGACACAAACAUCGGCAGUAUCAGACUGAAUGAGAAGAACGUACGAUGAUGGAAAAGGUUCUGCUCAUCUUUGCUGCUUCAGGCAAGUCUUUCAUGUGCAUAUAUUUGUCAUUAUCCUUGUGAUUGUCAUGUUCCUGCGUGUCUUUGGCAGCUCUGAGUGCGGUUUCCUCACGCCCCGCACGCCGGUACCAUGUCAUUUACGACCCAAAGAACUGGACUGAAGCUCAGAGUUACUGCAGAGAGAAAUUCACUGACCUAGCAACUGUGGACAACAUGGAUGAUGUGAACAUCCUGAUGAACAUGGGACUUCCAACUACCCUGGUACCUUGGAUUGGCUUAUAUUAUGAUGGAGGCACUUGGCAGUGGUCGAUGACAGACAAAGAUUUCUUCAAACAAGAUGGAGCUAACUACAGAUACUGGUAUCCUGGUGAACCCAUCAGUGGCUGGAACAACGUACAGUGUGUGUACAUGUAUGCCAACGGACUGUGGAACGAUGCUCCUUGUGAUUGGUUAAUAAAACCAAUGUGCUCUGAUGUGAGAGGGUCAAAUGUGACAUUUGUCCACAUCAACACUCUCAUGACGUGGCCUGUGGCGCAGAGCUACUGCAGAGAGCAUUACACUGAUCUGGCUAGUGUGAGAAAUUCUGCAGAAAACCGGAAGAUCAUGGAUCUUAAACCUGCAGGAGAAGAUGUCUGGAUCGGUCUUGCUAAAACUAGCUGGACGUGGUCGAAUGGGAGUACGACCACCUUUCAGUACUGGAGUGAGACUGAACCUAAUGAUCAAACAGCAGCUUGUGUCCUCGUGUUUUUUGGAAACUCUGGAAAAUGGGCAGAUGCCAGAUGUGAACAACUGAGACCAUUCAUUUGCUAUGAGGAGGUAUUUCCGGUUUUCAAACAAACAUUGAGGCUGAAAAUGGUGGGAAACUCCUCUCUGGAUCUGAAUGACCCCACUGUGUUUGCAGAUCUGCAGCAGCAGCUCCAACAGAAGCUGAGGGAUCAGAGAGUGAAUGGAGAAAUCAAAGUGAACUGGAGGAAGACAGCAGAUGGGAAGAUCUUCCACAAGACUGAAGAGGAAGACCGUUUCUAAACAUGACCUCUGCAGGCUGUCUAUAGGAUCCUGCAUCCAAGAAUGUGUUUGUCUAGAAGAAGUAGCGUAAAGUUUUGCUGAUGCAGAGAAUAGGUAUGCAGUGGUUAAGGUUUGCCUUCUACUAGUUUCUUUCUUCGAAGGUUAAAACCAUACAUUAUUACAUGUUAGAAGUGGUGAUGUGUAAGUGAUGUUAAAAUGGGGAUGUUCAAAUUUGAUUUCUCUAUGUUUCAAAACGGAUUGAUUUAACUGAACAGACAAAUAAAUAUGUGAACUUGUU